CAUCCUCCCGUCGCCCCGCACUCCAACCGGUGACAACCCAGCUAAUAUCAGCUGGAGGAGAUAAAGCGGCUGCACUCAGGCUGAAGCCCAUCAGAAGGCCGGUUCGGCGCGGUCACAUUCAUCCAACAAAACCAGCCUCCCUGCGGCCAAAUCCUGCAGAAAGUCUGCACGUCUGAGCGGAAGGAAAGGAGGAAAAUGAAAAUGAACGCGUCUGAGCUCAACUCCCCGCCGGCGGAGUACGACUUCGAGCGGCUGUUCGACGAGACACGAGCCCUGGAAUGGAUGCAGGAGAACUGGAGCAAGGCCUUCAUGUUCUGUGGCCUGUAUGCUGCGUUCGUCUUCGGUGGUCAGCACUUCAUGAGGGAACGACCGAAGCUGAACCUGAGACGCCCGUUGGUGCUGUGGUCACUCAGCCUCGCCAUCUUCAGCAUCAUCGGAGCGCUGAGGACUGGAUCCUACAUGCUGCACGUCCUCACAGCCAGCGGCUUCAGGCAGUCGGUGUGUGACAACAGUUUCUACAGCGCCCCCGUCAGCAAAUUCUGGGCCUACGCCUUCGUUCUCAGCAAGGCCCCCGAGCUCGGUGACACGGUGUUCAUCAUCCUCCGGAAGCAGCGCCUCAUCUUCCUGCACUGGUACCACCACAUCACCGUGCUGCUCUACUCCUGGUACUCCUACAAGGACCAGGUGGCGGGCGGCGGCUGGUUCAUGACCAUGAACUACGUGGUCCAUUCCCUCAUGUACACGUACUACGCCGCCCGGGCCGCCGGCAUGCGGGUUCCCCGUCCCUGCGCCAUGAUCAUCACGGCCACGCAGAUCCUGCAGAUGGUGAUGGGCCUGACGGUGCUGGGUCUGGUGUACCGCUGGAUGCACGAGGUGCACUGCCCGUCCAACAUGGACAACAUCGCGUGGGGAACCCUCAUGUACCUCAGCUACCUGGUCCUGUUCGCCGUGUUCUUCUACAGAUCCUACCUCCAAGGCUCCUCUGGGGACAAAGGCUCCAAGGCAGAGUAGCAAGUCUUGUUUUAUUGAAGUGUGCCAUAUGUAGAAAAUGACCAAACGGCGAAGGGGGAGGGGCCAUGAAUGUGUGAGCCACAACUGGCUAACUGGUUGAUGGUCUCAUCAUUUUGACUUUUUAUAGGCAUCUGUAGCUCGACACAGUGAUACGUUUAUGGAUUUAGAGUGGGAGGAAAGAGGAGACCAGUUCAGACCGAGCACAGUUUAUUACUGUAGUACUGUUUGGUUUGUUUCAUUUAAAGGCACAGUGUGUACGGGGGUCUGUUAGCAGAAUAUAUUAUACAUAAAUAUGUUUUCAUUAGUGUAUAUUAACCUGAAACUAGGAGUUGUUGUGUUAUACAAAGGGAUUAGGAGGCGGAGUCCGCCAUGUUGAACCACUAUGUUUUCUACGGUAGCCCAGAAAAGACAAACCUAACACUGUCUCUAGAGAGACUUUCAAUUUUUGAGUUAAGGAGUGAGCCAAGGGAUUUUUAGCUGGUUGCAAUCUGCAACUAAACCACUAGAUGCCACCAAAUCCUACACACUGUGCCUUUAAGCAGGGGAAUUGAGGAAUAACAUGUUUGUGUUUGACUAACGUAGUCCUCACUGCAUUUAUAUAAUCGCCUCUGUGACUUUGACUCUUGACCAGUGAAAAUAUAUAUAAAUAUAUAUGAGGGCCAAAUGUUUGUUUGUUGUCAUGAAAAAGUGAUCAUCCUUAAAAGCUCUGAAGUAGAAAAAAGAAUGGAUUUAAUGGACUUAUGGAUCUAAAAUUGUUAAAGGAAUAGUUCAACAUGUUGGGAAAAGAAAGAUCAGUGCUUUAAGUAUUGAUCUUGAGCCAGGCUGGUUUAGCUUAGCAUAAAGACUUGAAGCAGGGGGAAACAUCCCGCAUGAUUUAUUCUAAAGUGAAAAAAAACUUCUCUAACAGAACUUCAAUAUUUCUACAAUCAAAGUUGUCUUUUGAAUAUUUCUGUUCAUGUGUGACUGAAAAAAAACUACAUAAAACAUGUUAAUUAAUGAGCGGCGCUAGCUGUUUCCCCCCACUUCCAGUCUUUAUGCUAAGCUAACAAUAAGUGUAAUUACCCAAAGUGUUUUUUUUAGCCCUAGCACAAGUGUGACCUUCAGGACAGUGAGUUUAGGAAUAACAGAAGGGAACAAAGACUUCACAAUGCACUGAAUGAAAGAAGGUUGUUUCUAAUAUUUAGUUCUCACAUAUUAUACGCAGCAUUUUAAAUAUGUACGCCUGAAACCUCAUAAACUACAAAGCAUCCUUUUUCUUUCCUUUGAGUAUGGUGACAGUUAACUGACACACUCUUUAAAUAGAGGAACACUGACGAUCAAUUAAUCUCCAUGUUUGCUUUCACCACUGGAGCACAGACGAUAAAAUCUGAACACAUUCCUCAGCCGACAGCCGUCCAUGAGAAAACCACUUCCAGGAAGUUGGUUGUGUAACACGUUGUUUUAAAGCUAACGUCAUCAUGCCCCUUGUCCUUUCUGGGGUUUUUUGUUAUAAGAGACAAAAAAAAGUAUGUUUACACUCCGUCACUGUGCACAUUUUGCCUUCUGCUUCUCAUCUGAUAACUUACACUGAACGGCACCCCGUCUGCUUCUACCCCCCCUUCAUGAUGAGGAGGGAUUUAGUUUCAGUUGUUUAAAACCAGCAGCAGACGUAGAAAACUCUGCUUGUACAAAGACACGAUGCGUCAGAGGGUUUGUGUCGGAUUUGUUUAGGCGUGGAUCUGUUUUAUGAAUCUUAGCUGUUGUAAAACUGACUUCCACUCCCACUGACAAACCACAAAUCACCUGUCUGCUCCUGCUGAAGUACUAGUCCUUCUGUUUGCUGUAGAAAAGAGGCUUAGUUUCUAUGAUUCUUCUCCAACCUUUUUUCACAGGACUGAUAAAUAAUAAUCACAUGUAUCUGUAGUAAUGUUCCUGUCAUUAUCAAACACUAGAAACUAGUAGGAAGUAGUUAAUUAUUUAGUUUGAAUACUUUAAAAGGAAUACUUCACCCACAAAAUGACCGUUUUAUAACAGUUGCUGACCUUAAAUUCUUGAAGAACACUUUGUUUUUCUCUCACGCCUCAACGGUGAACAGAGAAUCAAAAUACAGAGAAAAGUCUUAAUGCAUUCACCGUGGAGGCAGGAGAGAAAAACAACGAAUUCAAGGUAAAACGGGGUGAGUAACUGACGUACAAAUGGUCAAUUAAAACAGACUUUAAGAUGAAGGAUAAUACAUUAAAAAAAAACCACAAACACAGUUGAAUAAAUAUUAUGCUUCCAAUCUCAAGAAUUGAACAUUGAAUUAAAGAGUAACUUUAAACAAAAUUGAGUUAAUCGAUUACAUGUAUGAUAACUUAUUUUUACCCCUAAAGGAAUUGAUUCUUGUCCAAAAAUCUGACAAGACAAAUCUGUGAAAAUGGGACAAUGACUUGGUCUCCACACUGCCGAAUUACAAGGCAAAGACAGUUUAAAUCAUGUCAUCUGGAAGUCAGUGGUUGUUUUGAAACUGUAAGCAGUUCAACCAAAAAGAUGUGCAUUUGAAAGAUAUAAAAGGAUUUAAAGCCCCCGAAGAGAAUCCAGUAUUUCACCUGGAAUAAACGCUAAAAGUAGAGAAAAUGACAUGAUUUUAUGUAACAGGAAAUAUUACCUUCUUAGCCCUUUAUUUCUCCUUUAAACCCUCUUAUUUAUCUUAAUUCUGGAAACCGCUGAUUUUAGUAUGAACUCACAUUCUUCUUUUUCAAAUAUAAGUAUCUGAUAUCAUAUAUAAUAUACACACACACAUUGUCACAACUUCUGUUUUGUCGCCCUUUUUACUUUUAUGUAAUCAAACUCCUUCUCUACUCGUACGCAGCUUUUCUCCCGUCUUUCCUUGUGCGCUGUAAUCCAGACUAUUUGAAAACACCCAACCAAACAUACUGUAGAUCCCCAUGCUGUGCAGCACAUGAUUUGGUAAAUACUGAACUAUAAUUAGAUUUAAAUUGUACUUAUUAGAUAAAAAUGUGGGCUUUAAAAAACUUUAGAUUAAACAGAAUAAAACAGGGCUGCUGUGAUCAUUUGCGUUCCAUCAAUGAGUUGCUAAGAAGGACGAUACAAGAUGACGUGUCCGUUUGUAAAUAAUGAGAAUCUAUUUAUUUUCGAUAUUUUUCUCCAUCAGAUCUGAAGUUCACCUGGUAGACGUUAGAGUACUUUUAUUAGGAUUUACUUCCUCUUCUUUUCCCCUCUUAUCAUCCGUUUGUACAUUUUUCUCACAUCUGCUGAAGAAACUCAUCACGACACCGUUUCUGCCUCUUAAAUGUUUAGAGAUGAAGGAUUAGACAUUAACACGUGGAAAGGAGCGUUUUUAAUUAGAGUUAUGUGUAAUUUCAUGCCGUCCUUUUUUUUUUCCUCUGUGUUUUAUUUCCUCUUAGUUGUCGUCGUAGCUGAUUAAAAUAUGGAGGGGGGAUUUUGGCUUGAGCAUAUGAAGUAAAGACGAUUGUUCUGCCGUUAAAUUUAACCACUAUUACCGUCCGUUUGAUGUGGAGGAGCUGACGUUCACAUGCUGCCAGGGUGGCUUUAAAAAAGGGACUUUUUGUUUUCAGUUUUCCUGCUCGAACUUCAAGUUGUGACCUCAGCACUUCUUACUUUACUCUGUGAUUCGCUCAUGUAGCGUCAGGUUUUUUUUCUGUAAAUCAGCAGCACGUUGGGAUCUUCAAAUGUAUUUUCAUGAUUUCAUGAUGUCCUUUGUUUGCCUGGAGAAAGUAAAUGUUUGCCGUAGUUUAAAUCUGCGCAGAUUUAACGUGCAAAUAUUUAAUUUCUCCGGUCAGAAAGUGGAAUUUAUGAAAUCACAAAAACACCUUUUUGAAGAUGCGACCUGCAAUCAUGGAGUCCUGUAUGAAGUGCUGACUCCACAAAUGGGGCUCUGAAUUAUUUUUACCACCAACAUGAAGUUUCAGUACUUCUCACUACUAUUAAACAUGUAGUUUUACUGUUAAACAGCUGUUGGACCAAGUAGAGGAGGAACCAUGUGAAGUGUUUUGUAACGUCAGCAAUGAUUCCUGGUCAGAAACACCUUUUAAAACUUGAAAUGAUUUUGGGGUUCAUGUGUGUUUGUGCCAAACGAUGCUUCUGUUAUUUGGUUCUGGAUCGAUGUGACGUGUUGGUCUGUGAAUUAAAGGUUCAGAAAGUUUCCUCUACUGUCGACUGCAAACGAAGGAGAAAAAUAACAGUUUAAGGGCUUUUGAUGUUGAAAUGUUGUUUCAAUAAAUACGUCACAAUAACGGUUUUAAAA